AUCACUCGCGAGUCGCGUUACGCAUCUCUGGGUUUCAGUAAUUCAACAGUCACAACUCACUGUGAGCAUUCUAUUACGAAAAGUGUGGUAUUAGGUUUUUUUUUUCAUUGCCUAGACUGUCAAGUGAAUCAAGUGUGAGCAUUAACUUAUUCCUUUAUCACUCAGUGAAAAUAACUGUGUACCAAACAGUUUGAUCGAACUUUGAAAUGCCCCUACGAGGUUCUAGUUUUCGCGGCUUCCCGUUGGAUGAAGAGGAGGGCGGCGUGUGGAGCUCACUCGCGUCCCGGCACCCCGACAUCGCGGCGCGCCUGAGACAACGCCCCGCCACCUGGGCUCGCAAGCGGAGGCCUUCUAGCCAGGACGCUACAGACGAUUUUGGUGAUAGCUUCGAGGGUUUUGACAGAUUUCCCUUUGACGACAUACCACCAGAAUUCAGAGAGCACUUCCCGUCGCAUUGGAACCGACGGUUCAGUUCGCGGGAGGAACCGCAACCUACGUCUCCGCAACCGCAAUCGCCCCCGCAGCAAACAGCCGCCACACAAACUGAAGACCCGGGUCCAUCCCAGGACGAACAUACUUCUAUACCACAGUACGGAUUGAGAAACACAGUUGAUCUUGGUCAUAAAAGUCCAGCAGAUCCGAGUUUAGUUGAUGGUGAAGACAGAUCCCAACGGUCUGCGUCAGCGCCUCCAGAUAAUCGUUCCGACAAUCACACAAGGAUGAGUGGUCAAAGUCCUCAGGAACAUCAUCCGCCACAACAGGAGCAUGGUUCCAACGUACGACAUAUACCAAUCUUCGUUGAGGGACGAGAUGAACCAGUCAUAAAUAAGAAUGUAGAUAAUAGCUUCAGAGAGACAAAACCGAGCUAUGCUCCUCCUCCGCCGCAGCCGCAUAUAGAUAGAGAUCAGUAUUUUACUGACGACACUCCACAUGGAUUCCAUCAGCCACCAAACUUUUCUAGAUCCUUUGGAACACCGUUCAACAAGGGCUUCAGGCAAGGAGCAUCUCAACCUUUUACUCAGCAGAAGAUGUACCCACAGAAUGCAUUCGCACGUGGAGCUUCACCACAACGUUCGCAAUCACCUAAACCGCAGCCACACCCGGAAGAGCAUUAUGUUAAAGUUCCAGUGUAUCAUGAACAGACUGCUUCAACUCCGUCCAGACCACAACAAAAGCAACCGUCGCCACAAAAGCAGACACCGCCGCCCGCGCCGGAGCAACAAGCCCCGCCACAGCCACAUACUCCUCCGCAACCCAAAUCAGAGCCUACUGGUAACGAUCCUAUCAAACAAAUUCUCAAUAUUCAGACAGAUGUUCUUAAUCUAAUGACAGAUGUGGAAAAUUUUAAUGGUUCAAAAAAAGACAAACAAUAUUUAUACUUAGAUGAGAUGCUGACAAGAAAUCUCAUCAAGUUAGAUAAUAUUGAAACGGAGGGCAAAGAAAAUAUUAGGCAGGCUAGAAAGGAAGCCAUUAAAUGUAUUGAGAAAUGUAUAGCUGUAUUAGAAGCCAUAGCUGAAAAGGGAAACGCAACUCAAAAGCAGCAUGAUGUUGAGAUGCAAGCACAGGAAACCGAAAAGCACUCUGAACAGGAGGAAACUGUCCAGAAUGGUGAUGUAGAAAUGAAAGAACCUACUACUGAAGAAGUUAAACCUGCACCUCAAACUGAACAAGCGGCACCACAGCCUACAGAGAAAAUCGAAGAGUCCACCUCAUCUGACGCCACUCAAAUUGACGCUCAAAGCAAACCUCAGCAAACUGAACAAAUGAAUGAAAAUAUAAUAAAUAAAACUGAAUUAGUUGAACAGCCACAGAGCGAAGCUGAGAUUAAAACUGGAAGCAACAAAGCCGAUUCAGAUAACACAACAGAAACUCAACAAUUGCAAGUCGAUACGAGGACGGAAGAUUCGAAAACCGAAAUAGAGACUAAAGAACCCAAAGAGAAAGAUAAGAAAACUCUUAAGAAGAGCGUAAAAGUUACGAAGAAACGAGAUAAAAGUAAAGACAAGAAGGACACAAACGAAAAUGUGACUGAAAAACAGUCUAAAGAUAAUGUAGAGGGACAAAGUAAUAAGGAGGGUGGAAAUAAAGUAGAACCAAUGCAGGUGGACGGUAAGGGCGAGCCUCAAGCGAUGGAAUUGGACGCUGCGGGCGGCACUAGUCAAUAGAGUUAUUUGCUUUAGUGAAUUGUUGUAGAUAUACAAAUCGCACGGGGCCUAAAUAUAUCGCCUGUUAUUUCAUGCCUAACCACCAGUGUUGCCAGUUUAUUAUUGUUUGUAUUUUUUCAUUAGUUAUCAUUUGCGUCGCAAUUAUCCGCUACGAUAAAUAUAUCUAUUACAUAUUUACCUUUUUUUUGUCCUCCUAUUUAAUAAAUUAUUAUUCAUCGUUUCGUGAUAACAUUUUUUCAAUAAAUUUUAAAUUUACAAA